AUGGACGGUCCCAGCACCCCAGGCUCGCGUCCUCCCGACUACAGCCUACCCUCCUACGACGAUCACGACGAUUCGCCGCCGCCUGGUCAUCACCAGAACAUCAAUCCUGCCGCCAUCCGACUGUUGACGUCGGUGGAAGGUGAUCCCUACGACGCUCGCCCGUAUGUUCCCAGGUCUCCUGACAAGCCCUCUUCCCCCGAGCACACUGUCAAGCCCAGCACUCCAUCUGAUGCCGACCUCUACCCCGAGCCUCUGGCGCUCAAGAAAGACGCCAAGUCAACUUGCGCAACGCCAGAGCACUUGGAUGCUCUGAAGCGACAAGAAGCUGGCCGUGUACCCCCCAGCCCCGCCCCCAUCGAUGCGCAGACUGCUCCUUCCACGCAUCACAGCUACCAAGAACUCCCCAAGCCCAAACUCAAACCCGCUCGUGCUUCGACUGUCAAGUUGCAGAAGAAGUCCCACUCCCAACCCAAUUUGCCGCGUUGCGCAGGCGUUCGAGCCAGCCUGCCCGUUAUCCCUGAGGGUCCUUCUGCGAGGAAAAGUGCCCUCCAGAAAUCCUCGACUAGCUGCCUCUCUACACCACAGACAUGCCCAAACAAAGAGAACUCUGGCUCACAAUCUGAUAUUUCUAGUGCUCAACCAACGCAGCGACGCUCGUACCAGCCUUCCAUCAUGUCGGACUACUCGAGGCACGACACCAUUCUCGACCCGCCGGCCAUGCCGCCUCCGGAUUCCACAUACGUUCCCUUCCAGGGCCGUGAGAGGAGGACACCAUCGCCAACGAGAUCCUCGCCAACAAGGCCCUGGAGCAGAAUGUCCAACGACUACACGCGCCCGCCCCCCUCCACCAUGUACGAACCAUCCGACCUCAAUGGCAGCCCGCGUCCUGGAACACCUUCGUCAAGAUACGGCGGCAGCCCGAGGAGGCCUCUGCCUCCGGCGCCGCUGUUCUCCAACUCGGCACGCGACUCGCAGGCCUCGUUUGCGGACGACGUCACCGUGUCUAUCCCCCUUGACCACGAUCCCGAUGAUGUGUUUGGUCCCGAGACGGAUAUCAGUGACAACCGUUACCGCAAGAACUCAUAUGUAUCUCAAGACACUCUGCACGACGAUCGAGAAGACGACUACGUCCACGAUGACAACGAAGAGAACGACCAGCAGGGACACUAUGGCCCAGCGCCUGAUGGCAAGCAGGAGCGUCGCGGCGUUCGCGCGCCCCAGAUGUCGAGGAAGGAGGUCCAGCUCAUCAACGGCGAGCUUGUCCUCGAAUGCAAAAUCCCGACCAUUCUCUACAGCUUUCUGCCGCGACGCGACGAGGUAGAGUUUACGCACAUGCGCUACACGGCUGUGACGUGCGAUCCCGAUGACUUUGUCGACCGGGGGUACAAGCUGCGACAAACCAUUGGCCGGACAGCUCGUGAAACAGAGCUGUUCAUCUGCGUCACCAUGUACAACGAGACGGAAAUUGACUUUACGCGGACCAUGCACGCCGUCAUGAAGAACGUAGCACACUUCUGCAGCCGCAAGAAGUCGCGUACGUGGGGCGAGCUCGGAUGGCAGAAGAUUGUCGUCUGCAUCGUGUCUGACGGUCGUGAAAAGAUUCACCCGAGGACCCUCGAUGCACUGGCUGCCAUGGGUGUGUACCAAGACGGUAUCGCCAAGAACUUUGUCAACCAGAAGGCCGUUCAGGCCCAUGUGUACGAGUACACAACGCAGGUGUCUCUCGACGCCGAUCUCAAAUUCAAGGGCGCCGAGAAGGGCAUCGUGCCGUGCCAGAUGAUCUUCUGCCUCAAAGAGAAGAACCAGCGCAAGCUCAACUCGCACAGAUGGUUCUUCAACGCUUUUGGCAAAUCACUCAACCCCAACGUGUGCAUUCUGCUUGACGUCGGCACACGGCCUGGUGGCGACUCGCUGUACCAUUUGUGGAAGGCCUUCGACAACGACUCGAACGUCGCGGGCGCCUGUGGUGAGAUCAAGGCCAUGAAGGGCAAGUUUGGGCGCAACCUGCUCAACCCGCUUGUCGCCUCGCAAAACUUUGAGUAUAAAAUGUCCAACAUUCUCGACAAGCCACUCGAGUCCGUCUUUGGCUACAUUACUGUGCUGCCUGGUGCCCUCAGUGCAUACAGGUACCACGCGCUGCAAAAUGACGAGACGGGCCAUGGCCCCCUGAGUCAGUACUUCAAGGGCGAGACGCUGCAUGGACAGCACGCCGACGUCUUCACCGCCAACAUGUACCUUGCUGAGGAUCGUAUCCUUUGCUGGGAGCUCGUCGCCAAAAGGGACGAGAGGUGGGUGCUCAAGUACGUCAAGGGCUGUCACGGAGAGACGGACGUGCCAGACAGCGUGCCCGAGUUCAUCUCGCAGCGCCGCCGUUGGCUCAACGGUGCCUUCUUCGCCGCCGUCUACUCGCUCGUACACUUCAAGCAGGUCUGGACAACCGACCACACUCUCGCCCGUAAGAUUCUUCUCAACAUCGAGUCGUUCUACCAGCUGCUGCAGCUCCUCUUCACCUACUUCUCGCUCGCCAACUUCUACCUCACCUUCUACUUCGUCGCGGGCGGUCUGGCUGAUCCAAAAGUCGACCCAUUUGGCAACAAUGCCGGCUUCUGGAUCUUCACCGUCUUGCGGUACACCUGCGCCCUCCUCAUCGCCACGCAAUUCAUCCUCUCUCUGGGCAAUCGUCCGCAAGGCGCGAACAGACUCUACCUGGCGAGCAUGAUCAUCUUUGUCAUCAUCAUGAUGUACACCUCCUUUGCCACCAUCUGGAUCGUUAUCUACCAGUUCUCCAACGAUAACAUCCAUCUUGGCAGCAACGUCUUCACCAACAUUAUCGUCUCCGUGCUGUCUACUCUUGGUCUCUACGUCUUCAUGUCCCUCAUGUACCUCGAGCCCUGGCACCUCAUCACCUCCUUUGUCCAGUACUACCUCCUCCUGCCCUUCAGCAUCUGCACCCUCCAGGUGUAUGCCUUUUGCAACACGCACGAUGUCACUUGGGGCACAAAGGGUGACAACGUCAUGAAGACAGAUCUCGGCGGCGCCAUUGGCAAGCGCGGCGGAACGACAGUCGAGCUCGAGAUUCCAUCCGAACAGCUCGACAUUGACUCGGGAUACGACGAGGCCCUGAGGAACCUCAGGGACCGUGUCGAGGUGCACUCGCCCCCUCCUAGCGAGUCUCAGCUGCAGGAAGACUACUACCGCAGUGUGCGAACGUACAUGGGUCGUGACCUGGAUGGUUGCCAAUGCCAUCCUCGCCAUGGCCGUCAGCGAAGCCUAUUCGAGCACCGGCAUUGGUGA